GAUCUGAGACGAGUCGUUUUUCUGGGCUCAAUGGGCUGCUGCAGUAGUGCGCAGGUGGAGAAGGACCCAGAGGAAGAUGAUCGGCUGACGGCAUCUGAGCCGAAACAAUUUGGGCCAGCACCAGACCGCGGCUGCACGGAUUUGUGGUGUUUGGCCGUGCUGCUGGCAGCAUGGCUGGCCUGGUUUGUGGUCACCAUCAUGGGGGUGACGGAUGGCAACUUGGAGAGGUUGUAUCAGCCUCGGGACUACCAGGGCGCUUAUUGCAAUCUUGAGACAAAUUGGAACGGCGGGCCGAACUUGCUUGGCUACACCAAGCAGAGCUUCACCAUGAACGUGAGCGCCGUGACGGAUGUCAUUGUGAAGCAGAUGAUGUGCUCUACUGCGGCCUCGCAGGUCCUGACACAGACAGUAUCAGGCAACUCGCCUUUGCUGGGCAAUUUGGACCAGCAGGACUACCUCUGCUCUUGUUGUCUGAUCCCCUGCGACAAGUGCUCUGGCUCGCUGCAGGUGGGUGGAGACUUGGCCAAUGUGGCGGACAUCGCCAGCGUGAUCACUGCGAAGCUCACGGAGCUAAGGGGCAAGGUCAGCCCAGACAACCUCUUCUCCCCGUCUGGUGCCAAUGGUGAGGUCUUCUCAGAGAUGUGGAGCGAGGCCAACCUCUACUUCAACGAGGUGUGCCUUACCAGCUGCAGCGCAGACUUUGCGAGCGUGAAUGGCUCUGCGACUCCCCGGGAGUACAUCUACGACAUGGUGCCCGACAGCGAUUUGAAGCUCGCCUUCGACACCAUCAAGAGCUACUCAGGCUCCCGUGCGGACGUGACCGCCAUCCGGACCGUGAUCAGCGACAGCUUCAAGUUCGAGGCCCUGCCGCUCAGCGUGUGCCCCUACAGCGCCAAGCGCUGCGUGCCCAUGCCGGGCGUGGAGUUCCAGGAGCUGACGUCGAACUACUGCACCUUCUCCAUGACGGCAGAUGUGGUGAACACCCUGGGCUCGGCCUUCAGUGCCACCUUUGAAUCUCUUGGGAUGAACGCCUUGGGGAACUCGAUGAUGGACACCGUGGGCACCUGGAUCGGGGACUUCCAAUCCUCCUUGGAUGCCUUCGUGCUGGUCUUGCUCGUCUCCUUCCUCAUCGGAUUCAUCUACAUGGUGGCCCUGAGGUUUUUGGUGGGCGUGUGCGUGUGGAUCUCGGUCUGCCUUUUCUUCGUGAUCCUGGUCCUGGGCGGGGCAAUGUCCUUCAUCUCCUCCUCGCGCUGCUCAGGGGUCGGCAUUUUUGAGACUGGGCAGCAGCUGGUGGUGGGGGCUGCGACCACGGUCUCUGUGGCAGCGCAGAAUGCGAUCGACCAGACAAUCCCCGCCAGCGAGGUGCUGUCUGGUGUGCGGGACUCCAACUACACAGGAGUCCAGCGCUACACCCAGAUGGGGUGGCUUUGUGCGGACUGGGGUGCGGCAACCAACGCGGAUCCCUCCUACAACAGCACCAACUACCCAGACUCCAACCUGGUGAAGAACUACUGUCGCAAUCCCUUCAAGGACGCGGACAGGCACAAGGCCAGGACCAUUUGGUGCUUCACGCAGGAUACGGAGGUCCGCUGGCAGGAGUGUUCGCCCAUCGGCGUGAUCAAGCCCAUUUGCGAGCACGGGUACGACAUCCAGAGCGAGGAGCUGCGAGUGGUGCUUGAGAUUGUGGCCUACAUCCUGUGGGUCCUGGCCCUUAUCUACUGCAUUGCAGUUUGCUGCCUCACUGACAGGAUCCGCUUGGCCAUCGCGGUGAACAAGGUGGCCUCGGUCUUUGUGGUGCACACCCCCCGGAUCCUGGUGCUGCCGGUGGUGCAGUCCCUGCUGGCGGGGAUUUGGACUCUGGUCUGGGGCAUCUCUGCCGCGUUCCUGCUCUCCCAGGUGCCUAGCGGCUACGUCCCCUCCGGUGCCUACCUGACCUACGCUGAGGCCUAUGGUAGCGCCACAGUGCCAGGCGCCUGCACCGACAAGUGGCCCACCGGCAGCGUGUGGAAGGACGAGGAGAACUGCCCGCUGGUGAACGGGACUGCUGCCUGCUGGAAGUGUUCUCCCCCGCGCUACUCCUUCGACUGGCGGUUCUGGGUCUCCUUCUUCAACUUCUUGUGGAACAGCGCCCUGAACAUCGCCGUGGGCCAGUGCAUCAUCGCGGGGGCCGUAUGUGUUUGGUUCUUUACCCCGAACGGCGAGAAGGGGACACGGCCCGCGAUCAGAAGCUCGUUGUACAACGUCUUCCGCUUCCACAUGGGUUCACUGGCCUUUGGCGCCUUCAUCAUCGCGGUGGUCCAGCUUGUUAGGUACAUGCUAAAGUAUUACGAGAAGCAGGCAAAGGCGCAGAAGAAUCGCGUCCUGGUGAUGAUCCUGCGUGCGCUGCAGUGCCUGGUUUGGUGCUUCGAGAAGUGCUUGAAGUUUCUCAACAAGAACGCCUACAUCCAGAUCGCGCUGAUGGGCACCAACUUCUGCACCUCUGCCAGGAAGGCCUUCUUUCUGAUCAUGCGCAACGCCCUCCGCUUCGGCACCGUGGCCAUCCUCGGGAGCAUGAUCCACAUGAUCGGCAUCCUCGCGAUGACGGCGGGCACGGUGGUGAUGGGCUACUUCAUCCUCUCGGGUCUGCACCCGAACAUGGCGCCGGCGGUGCCCAUCCUGAUCUACGUGAUGUUGGGCUACAUCGUGGCCAAGCUCUUCACCAGUAUCUUUGAGCUGGCGGUAGACACAACCCUGCAGUGCUUCCUCUGCUGCGAGGAGCUGAACAUCGCGGAGAUCGGGGACGAGGGCUUCGUGCCGUCCUCGCUGGCGCCGUGGCUGGACCAGUCCCAGGCUCCGGAGAAGGCCUCCGCGCAGAAGGUCCAGGAGGACGAGGCCGCGCUGAACAAGCAGUGAAAAGCGGUGAAGCGGAAAGGGAAUCCGCCGAUGGCCGGCUUUUGCCCCGAAGCAAAAGACAGGGGGGGGAGGA